UGAUGAGGAAAACGUUUGGAAAUUGAAACUGUGAAAAGCUACGACGACAUCGAUGAGAUGGCUUGAAAGAGUCACAGAUAGUCACAUUCAGAGAAAAAAACUAGAGAAGGUGAAGCCAUGGCCUGUGCCCGAGUGCCACUGGAUGAGCAGCAGGUGACUGAGCCUGGCCCGCUGGGAAAAGACCACACACUGCCUGCGCUGCACCCAGACCGGAAGGAGGAUCGCUGUUUUGUGCCUUACAAGCCUCCACCAGAGGACGGCUCUCCUGCUGAGGUGGAGGAGUUUUUGGAAUAUGCCAGAUUCAUCAUAGAGGACCUGGAGUGGCUGCUCGCACUGCCCCACGAUAAGUUCUGGUGCCAGGUGGUAUUUGACGAGUCCCUGCAGAGGUGCCUCGACUCGUACCUGUGUCACGCUCCUCGGAGCCUCGACCUCACUGCCCUGCCCUCCUCCCCGACAAUGGCGGAGAUGCAGCGCUCCGUCCACAGGUCGGUCUUCUUGACUUUCCUGAGGAUGGCCACACAUAAAGAGUCCAAGGAUAACUUCCUCACCCCGGCUGUGUUUGGAGAAAUUAUCUAUGACAACUUCCUGUUUGACAUUCCCAAAAUUUUGGAUCUGUGUGUACUCUUUGGAAAGGGCAACAGCCAGCUGCUGCAUAAGAUGAUAGAGAACAUCUUUACCCAGCAGCCGUCAUACUACAGUGACCUGGAUGAGACAGUGCCCACUGUGUUACAGGUGUUUGACUCAGUCUUAGACAAAUGUGGUCUUCAGUGUGAAGGAGCCACUGCCAUGGAGCCCAUGAAGCUGAAUGCACAUAAACAGCCCACUGCCAUGACCAUGAGCCAGCAGGAACUUGCAGAUAUAAUUUUGUACCUGUGUGACUCGACUACCACCAUCCAUGCCUUCCUGGACAUCUUCCCUGCAGCCUGCUCCACCUUCCACUCCCACGGCUUCCUCAGCAGACUGACCUCAUUUUAUGAGACCACUGUGCCUGACCUUGAGAAGGCGCUGAGGAAGAGAAACUUUGAUGAUAAAGGUCUUCAGGACGACUUGUGGAAGAGGUUGUCCCACUCCUGUCGCAAGAUGGUGGAGACAGCUCACCUGCUGCUGCACCACACCUGCCUUCAGCCGAUCCUGGAGGGGAGAGAAAACAUGCAAACAUUUGCAGAGGAACUACUACAACAUUUCACAUCUUUUUUACCUGAGAAAAGGUUCUUGUCGGACUACGAUGAGCAGUUCCCGCUCAGUGACGACAUCAGCCUCCUGCAGCAGGCUCUCCCUGUCAUUGAUGAGACCAGGACGUCCUACCUGCUCCAGGGGGUGGAAAGUGCCUGGGACAGCGUGGGACGACGGAGAACACAGAGCCAGAUUCAGCCUAAAGCUCCUUCGUUGUUGUCAGCCAAUCAGGGAGCAGUGGGCUGGGCUGGAGAGAGACUGAAGGGAGCGGAGGCCAUGUUGGAUGUUCCCGGAAAAGGAAAUAACGGCGUGGUGUGUCCGCUGAGCGCGGCGGAGCUGGAGUCUCUGCUGUCGUGUAUCAGGGACCUGCUGCCUGACUUGGGCGAAGGCUUCCUGCUGGCCUGUCUGGAGGAGUACAACUACAACUCUGAGCUGGUCAUCAACAACAUCCUGGAGGACCGGUUAGCGCCCAGCCUGGACAAACUGGACCGAUCCAUGCCAAGGCCUGUGAAGGAGGAGCUUCCAAGUGUCCUGAGCAACAGAUCCGGCGUGUUUGAUGAUGAUGAGUUUGACAUCUUCCGCAGGGACCAGGUGGACAUGUCCCGCAUCUGGAAGGGCCGGAGGAAAGGUGAGAACAUUCGAGAGAUGCUCAACGACAAGCAGCACAUAGCGGAGCAGAGAGCUCGUUAUCAGGCCUACGAGACGGUGGUGGACGAGGUCGUCAUUGAACCCGGGGAGUCUGCAGCCACGUACGGCCUGGACGACUACGACGACGAGUACGACGACACCUACGACAUGAACCAAGUGGGAGCUAACGACCUGGACGGAGACAGCUUACUGAACAGAAGGCCUUUCACAGUCCCACAGGUGUUGAGAAAAGGAAACAAACCAGAGGAUGAGGAGGAGGGUGAAGAUGACGAGGAGGAAGAGACUUUACAGAACAACGUAAACAGGGACCAGUUUGUGCAGGACCCGGCUCUGCUGAGGGAGAGAGCUGAAGCUAGAAGAGCUGCCAUGCAGCAAAGGAAAGGUUUCCGACCAGAGCGUAGCAGUAACGUUGUCGGCCGAGCCAAAGGCCAAGGUCAAACCCUGGAGACGUUCCUGGACCGGCGCAAGAAGGAGGCCAACAAGAGCCGCGUGUCCAACCACAACCGGCGCACCAUGGCUGACCGCAAGAGGAACAAAGGCAUGAUCCCCUCAUGACAUGUGUGACGGCCUGCUGCUCGAACCAACCGGACUGAUGGUAGAAGGGAGAGAUGGCAGGAAGGUGGAAGAUGUGUGUCGACUGAGUGAAUCAGGUUCUGGUGUUGUUCUGGGUCGAUCACGCUUCAGCCCUGAGGUCACUGUCUUUGCCUGAGAAGGGAAGCCCGCUGAAGGUUUUCAGUUGCUGGUGAAAAAUUGAAUUAGUUUACAGACUUUCUUUGGCACUUUAGCCUUUUGUUUUCAGAGGUUGUCAAGCAGAGACUCUGAACAUCUACUUUUAGUCUUUGGACUAAAUGAUUUUCUUUUUAUAGCUGAUUAAAAACCAAAGUUCUGAGUGUGAGCCAGGGACUGAGGACAAAGAGUAAGACCUUUUAUUUUUGCCAAGUAACAAAUCAAUUUAUUAUUAAGAUCCAGAGUGACUGAAUGAAGUUUCUUUGACAUCAUCAUCAUCAUCAAGUAGACAACUUAGGAAUACAAAGGAUGAGGGUUUUAGAGAGACUGCCGUUCCUUCUGUAGCUGGAAGAACAAUUACUGACCUGGUGAUCAAGUCUGGACAUCAGCGGCAGACUGUGUUGCUCUCACUACUCACUCUGUGCGAGUAGCUUGUGUGACAGCUGCUUGCAUGUAACGUUCAAUUGCAUGCAUGUGAUGUCAUCCACCCAGUUCACACCACUGUUGUCCAGCCUUCGCAAAAACCAAAACAAAAAAUAGUCUAGAGACGCUAUGACCAUCUCGUUAUGAUGCUGUGGUGUUUGUUUUUGGAAGCACAUGCUGUACAGAGGCGCCUCGCGUCUCUCACACUAGCUGUAGGGAAACCACCUACAUGUUGCCAUGCACAGACUAUUUUCUAUGAAGAGAACAGAUCUAUCGGAGCAUUUUGUAACAAAAAACACACAUGUAAUUUGCUUUUUGGAGUUGACAUUGCAAAAAAAAAAACAAAAAAAAAACAAACCAUAAAAUAAAUACCAUAAUACUAUGUUUUUGACAUCCUUUGUCUUUGGCUCAUCACUCACAGGAUGCAAAAAACAAAAAAAAAUCAAGUGGAUUUGACUUUUUCCUUUAGCAGUAGAAUGUGUUGACUUCAAUGUACAGCUGCACAGUUAGACCUUAAAUUAUUUUCCUCAAUGUUGAGAUGACAAUUGUUUAUCUUGAUUGUUGACCCACCUUUGGUAAGUUUUAAAUUGUCCUGCACAAGGACAUUUGACAGAAAAUUACCUCCGAUUUCACACAAUUUUCCUGUGCUGUGAUGUAGAUUCUUAACUGUAUGUAAACAUAUAGUUUACACAUCCUUCUGCAAAAUUCUGAUAUUUUGACAGUUUUUGGAGAAAUUUGUUAAUUUGCUCUUAUUUCUUUAAAUGGAAACUCAGCACUGGAAUCAGGCAGUUGCUUUCAAGUACAAAAUUUGAACUUCAAUUAUUAUGAUCAACUGUGAAGCUUUAUGUCAGAGGAGUAAGAGAACGCAUCAUGUUCGUCACAUGAUAUGAGAUGCACAUUCUUGUCUGUGUGACUCUGCUGUCAGAAACAGACUUCUUCACACAGACCUAAAGAUAAAAAUAAAUCAAAGAGGUGAAAAUCCAACGAAGCUGAGGCCACAGACUCCACAAACUACUCGUGUAACACCUCUAUCUCUGUCAGCGCAACUACAACUGAAUUAGCUACGGUUCCAUAAACAUGUCAAGUUUCAAAGUAUAACUCAGGAGGUGUGUUUGUGGUUUCUCUCAGUCUGCAUUGAAGUAAUAAGGCAAGUUAAGGACAAGUGCAAAGACUUUUUUUUCCCCACAUCUGCUACCAACUGUGGCACAGUUAAUUCUGCACUACAACUACAGAACCUCUACAACUAACACUUAAUUGUGAAUCAUGAGUUUGGACACGAGAUGAUAUCAGUCACGUUUUAACUCAGUUAGUCCACUUAAUAAGUUGGUUAUUGACAUCAUUUGGACCUAAAGUGAACGUUGACACUGGCCAGUCAUUCAAUACGUACGUGUUUUAAAAUCAGAAAGCACUGAAUGUUUGUGCACAAAAAGCUGAGUCAUCGUUACCGAUUAAAAGCCAAACGAUUUGUUGCUCAGCUGUUUGAACAGAACAGAAGGUGUUGGUGUGAAGAGUCACAUCUUCACGGCUGUACAUCACACAUACAAACAAAUAUUUACACAGCUGUACAGUAACAUGAUCCCAGGAAGAAAUACUGUUCAUACACAACAGUACCGGUACAGUAACUUCAUAGUAUUGUGUUUAUACAACCACUGUAUACCUGCGAGACCCAUCCGAAGGUCAGAGGUCAAAAUCCAAUUGCUCCACAGUCCGGACUGCCAGUCAACUGCGGUGAAAAGUUUAGAUUGGCUCCCACAGUCCAUUGCUGGAAGGAGGAAGCGGCGAGGUCAGUAAAGGGGGAAA